UUAACAUUCUAAAACACACACUGUUUCUCACUUCUCCUCCUGUUCUUCAGCUUCACAAAAGUUUAUCUCCCCAAAUCUCCUCACAGCUGGUUUUCCUUCUCUUACUGAUAAACCCAAUUCUCUUUUACUCUUUAACUGCUUGAAACAAAGCAAACCAACGUCUUCACUUUCUCAUAACUGUACUAAGUUUCAUGGCUGUGAAAAAAUGUCCACCUCUUUAGAAAGUUCGUCUUCUUGCUGGUUAAUUGAUGAUUCAGAGAAACUAGAAAUCGGGUUUGAUCCAAAAGAUUUUAACUGCUCACACUACAGUAGAAUAUACAAAGAUUCGUCUAUUGGUGAAAAGUAUGAACUGGGAACAAGAAUUUCUUUUGACAUUCCUGACCAUGUACCUAAUAUUUGUGAUGAGUGCAGAAAACAAAAUGGCAACUGUGGUGUUGGUUUGAAGUGUAUUUGCUACCCUAAACAAUGCAGUAAGUACUCCUUGACCCUUAAAUUUCAAGAUAUUUUUUUUGUUCACUACCCAUCUCGAAAAUCUAGGGCAUAUGGUUGGGUGCCACGCCGCAGCUACAUUGGUGCUCAGGAGACAGGGUAUUAACAGGAGGAGUAUCCAGGGCAUUAUCUGUUAAUUAUGUCUGUUAUUCUGCUUUCUUCACUAGUAUUUUGUUUGGUUUAUUUCAUUGA